GCACUGCAUUCACCGAAGAAGAAAAAGAUGCCAGAUGUUUCUCAUAAUAGUGGCUUUGUGUCUUAUAUGAGAUAUGAAAGGCAGAUAUGCUCAGUCAUGAUCAUUGAGAAUUUUAUUUAUUUGUUUGUUUGUUUGUUCGUUUGUUUGUUUAUUCAUUUACUGAUAUUCUUCUUUUAUUUAUAUUCUUCAAUACAUGCAGUGCGCUUCCAGAGUCUAUACUACAUAAUGAGAUGUUGUAGUGAUGCCUGUGAGUCACAAUGUUACCGGUAGGUGGCGAUAAGGCAACAGGCUGCUGAGCGUCUCCAAUCAGCUGGCAGAAGAAGAAUGGUGUGCAGCCUUCGAAGAGACAUCUCUCUCUGCAGAACACUUUCACCACAUCUCUCUUUAUUUCUCUCUCUCUUUCUCUCUCUCUCUCUCUCUCUACCUCCACCACUAUGCAGUCCUCUGACAGUGGAAACCUGGGCCGAGCGCUGUGCAUCAUCACCGGGGCCUCCAGAGGCUUUGGCCGGACUGCAGCGAGGGAGAUAUCCCGGCUGGUGAAGCCAGGGUCGGCGCUCGUCUUGGUGGCCCGCUCCGGUGACGACCUGCGGGCUCUGCAGACGGAGCUGGCCGAGUCGGAGGCAGGCAGAGCGGGCAUGGUGGUUCAGUGUGUGGUGGCAGAUCUGGGGCUGAUGGAAGGACUGGAGAGCGUAAUCAAAUCAGCUAAAGAGGUUUCUUCUGAGGACAUAGAUCAUGUUUGUCUGGUCAACAACGCCGCCUCUCUAGGUGAUGUGUCCCGCUACACCAGAAGCUUCACCAACAUGGCUGAGGUGGAUUCCUACUUAUCUCUCAAUGUGAGCUCCUCUCUGUGCCUGACGGCCAACGUGCUGCAGGCUUUUCCACAGCGUCCAGGUCUGAGGCGCACCGUGGUCAACAUCUCCUCACUGUGCGCCCUGCAGCCUUUCAGCUCCUGGGUGCUGUACUGCACAGGCAAGGCUGCCAGAGAUAUGAUGUUCAAGGUGCUGGCAGAAGAGGAGCCAGAUGUCCGGGUGCUCAGCUACGCUCCAGGACCUUUGGAUACAGACAUGCAUUUGGUGGCCAGAUCCAAAACAGCUGAUCCCAACGUCAGGAAGUCUCUCUCGGACGGUUUUUCUCAGGGCCAGGUGCUCACCUGUGAGGCGUCCUGUGCUAAGCUGAUGAAGCUGCUGCUGGAGGACAAAUACACAUCAGGAGCUCACAUCGAUGUCUAUGACAUAUAGACACGACAUUUAGCUUAGGACCAGAUUAUUUACAUAUGUGUGCCUUGAUUUUAAUUGAUAGUCUUUUCAUUUAUACUUAACACUGCCAGUCUUAACCCUUGCAGGUGGAGCCUUGUUGAACCAACCAAUAUGACAGUGUAAAGUUUUAAAGCCACGUUCAUCAAUUUAACAUUCAUAACAUUCCAUCCAUCACAUCUAGUGAUGACACGAAACCAAUAAAUCCAUAUCAUUCAUGAAUAAUACCAAUAUAAGACAUUUAAAUAUGAUUAAAAGUGUUAUAUUAGAUAUGAAAUGAAGCUAAAAUAGCAUAAGACAAGAGAAUAAAAAGUUACAGUGCAGUGUGACAUAUUAACCCGAAAUAAAAGAUUUGUCACAUCAUGAUAUUUACAGUAUUGCGACGUGUUAAAAUAUUAUACUAAAAAUGGAACAAUUUUAGUUGUGUGAAGACAGUUUGUUGUUUUAUUAACCUUCAGGGGAAAGGGCAGAGGCGCCACAUCACACAACAUACUCCUCUAUGUUGUAAUAACACAUACGAGUCAGGAUCUAACAAUAAUUGAUCAGUCAUGACAUUGUAUGAUUGAUCAGUGUGGUAACCAACCAGAGCAGCAUGUGGUAAGAAAAUACACUGAACAGACUUUGGAUGGAAUGCAUCACUAUGCUCUUUCAUCCUGUUGCCAUCACAGACAUUUUGGCUAAAGUAUUGUCAUGCACCUGCAUACAAGUCAAAAGCCUAUUAGAAACCUUGUUAUGAUUAUGGUAAAUGGUCAAUUAAUUACUCAUAUAGCACUUUUCUAGUCCUUCAACCACUUAAAGCGCUUUUACACUACAUGUCACAUUCACCCAUUCACACACAUUUAUACAGUAACUUGCCCAAGGACACAUCAACAUGUGGACUUGAGCCGGGAAUCAAACUGCCGAUCUUCCGAUUAGUGGAUGACUGCUCUACCUCCAUUAUAUUAUAUACGGAAAAUAAAUCAGCGUUACCCAAAAUAAAUCUAGCUGGGGAAAUCAGGGUUCUCUGAUCCCAUAUCCCAGUGAUAAAAAACAGGUUUACUGUCAAAAUAGCAAGAAAUCAGCUUCCUGUAAGAAGCUGCAUGUAACCUGGUUACUUGUGUAGUGUGUGUGUGAUGAUUUUAAUAUAAGCAUCUAGUUCCUAAAGUUAGAAUUGUUAGAGGUUUUGAAAAGAUGAUUUGAAAAAGACAUGAUGGUGGGACACAUGAGGGCUGGUCUGAGCAUUGCCAAGACUGCAGAGUUGCUGGGUUUAACUCAAAGUGAACAAUGAAUGGAACACAAGACACCUCAGAACAUAUCAACUGUGUAGAACCUUUGAUAUUCAGCCUCAUGUUUGACUUACAUUUGUUCAUAAAAAUUGAAAGAAUAGAAAACCUCUCCAACUUCAUGAGACAUACAUAGACCACCAUGCAUCAGGUAGAUACCAUGAGACCCCUAACCCUUACCCACCCAUUUCAUUUUGAUGUGACCAGACCUUUAGUUAGUUCAGUUAAUGAGUUCUUCAUUUAGUGAAUGUUGUUAUUGUGAUGAAUGUUCUGGUUCUGUUCUGUAUCAUUUCUGACUAUAGUGAAGUAUGGAGGUUGUACUUUUAAGGUGCCUUAAUGUGAUAUCUGUGUGUAGUUAAUGAGUAAACAUUAAAUUAUGUUAAGUUAAGUUUUUGUUUUUCUAUACAAAUAUUUUUCACAUUCCUUAAUGUAUGUGAUUUGUAUGAAAUGAUUAGUUUGUAACCGCUUACCUCAAGCUCUUAUCCAAAUAAGUUGUGUAACCUUGUUGCCUUAUACUGUACGUUAUAGAAAUAAAUCAAUGAAAGCUGAA